AUGUCCACUCCCUACAAUGCGGCCGUUGACGUCCAGCCGGUCCGCCGCGCCGUAACUCUCCCUACGAAACUCACGCAUAGGAAUCAGCCCAAGUCGGAUUCACCUGAAGCCUCUGAUACGCUUCUGUUCUACCAUCCCUCCGUUAGGAUUGUGCACUUCGCACCUCGUUCAGUUGUGCCGGUGCAGUUGAAUGCCGCGCCCUCCGAUUUCGAUUAUCCUGUGGACGCCAUAGAAACACUGCCAUGGAGAUCUGCAACCGAAAGGACUGUUGCCUGUGGUCCGCUGAGAUUUGAGCAUAUCCCAGGGUUAACAGCGUUUCUUAAGUGCGGAAACGUUGUUCAUGCAAUCCUCAAGAACUCCCAGUGCUGGUGUGUCGACGGGGUGUCUAUCUUCGUCCUGCGCAUCCGUCCACUUACAUACUAUCGCAUUGAGCUUCCAAACGGAACCGAAGAGGAUAAGCAGCGCGUUUCCGAUUUGAAGAUUGCUCUGCCGCAAAUACUGCGUUACGAGAUCACUCCAUGUCCAUUCAAAAGAGGGUUUACUGUCGAGAUCCCCCUCGAAGCCAUCCUCCCCAGAAGAAAGAAGGCAUGGCGUCCGAGGUCGCGAGACAGCGCGCCCCCUCCACCCUCCGAUGCAUCGCAAGUCUCACAGGACUCUUGGAUAAGUGAUCAAGCGAGCACGGGGUAUGAUACUGAUGGAAAUGCGACCGAUUUCAGCAUCUCUGAGACCAACAUCUCCGCGGCAGACUCCGCGGCAGACUCCACGGCAGAAAUCGAGAGCGUCGCAGAGAACGACAAGUCGGUGCCUCCAUUAGACAUUCCCGUAAAGAGUGCAUAUGCACACUGCUCGGCACCAGAACUUCAGCCGAAAGUGAACACCCUGCCGGCGAGAUUCGAGGCAAUCCCAGAAUCAGAAAGCGAGGCUGAGCAAUCCACUCUCUCAACGAGUUCUGAUUCUUUCCACUCUGUGCAGACCCCUGUGUCUCCAUUACCACCUUCUCCGCCUUAUUCCGAUACCGCCUCUCCACCGCCGACACUCGAUUUCGAGAAGAGAUUGCCUAUUCCUUCUCGUCGUCACAGCGGAGAGAUAUCCGAGAUAAAAAUAAAUCCAGAGCAUGUGUCCUCUGCUACACAAACUACUCCUCGCCUCUCUAAUGGUGCCGCUACCUCUUUCGCGACGCAAACGUCUCCAGCGCACUCUACGUUUAGCGGGGUUUCUAGCACCUCAACUGCUGUGCCUAUCUCACCAGGAUUGCGCGAUGCAGUGCCUUCUGCUCCUAGCGCUGCAAGCACUGGCGUUGAGCUUGAGGAACGAACCCUCAGAGUCAUUUCCGAAGUCAGAGCUUCCAGGAAACGUGACCUAUCGCCGAUGCCUCCACCAUCAAUACUUUUCCAACCAACACCUGCUGACUCAGGACACCAUCUAACGGCCUCAAUCCUGCAGAAGACGUGCAGCAUUGUCCUUGUGCCACCGUUCCAGUUGCUUGUACUGCUUAUCCAGGUUGCAGCGAGAAUUGCGGUGGGAAACGCCGUCGAUCCUGCUCUUCACGACGCCAAGGACGGCAGCACUCUUGAUUUCGAAGGCCAGGACGAAGAGGAUGAUUUCGGUCUUCCUAUCACACCUGCCCUCUCUCGACAAGCUUCUAGAUCGUCACAAUCCAAAAACCCGGAUACCUCUGAGCUAGACUAA